CCUCGGGGUCCGGGCAGAGGGUUCCAGUGUCCUCGGGCCGGAGUCUCCGUGCUGCGUGCUCUCCGGUGCCGGCUGCGCGGAGCCGGGAUGCGCUGCGCCUGCUGCGGGUCCUCAGCAUGGAGACCAAACGCCUGGAGAUUCCCGGCAGCGUCCUGGACGAUCUCUGCAGCCGAUUUAUUUUGCAUAUUCCUAGCGAGGAAAGAGACAAUGCAAUCCGAGUUUGCUUCCAGAUCGAACUCGCCCAUUGGUUUUACUUGGAUUUCUACAUGCAGAACACACCAGGAUUACCUCAGUGUGGGAUAAGAGACUUUGCCAAAGCUGUCUUCAGUCAUUGUCCAUUUCUGCUGCCACAAGGGGAAGAUGUGGAAAAAGUUUUGGAUGAAUGGAAGGAAUAUAAAAUGGGAGUACCAACCUAUGGUGCAAUCAUUCUUGAUGAGACACUCGAGAAUGUACUGCUGGUUCAGGGGUACCUGGCAAAAUCAGGCUGGGGGUUUCCAAAAGGAAAAGUAAAUAAAGAGGAAGCACCCCACGACUGUGCUGCUAGAGAGGUCUUCGAAGAAACUGGUUUUGAUAUAAAAGAUUAUAUUUGUAAGGAUGAUUACAUUGAACUUCGAAUCAAUGACCAGCUUGCUCGUUUGUAUAUCAUUCCAGGAGUUCCAAAAGACACAAAAUUUAACCCCAAAACCAGAAGAGAAAUUAGGAACAUUGAGUGGUUCUCCAUUGAGAAGUUGCCCUGUCAUAGAAAUGAUAUGACUCCCAAGUCCAAGCUUGGCUUGGCACCUAAUAAGUUUUUUAUGGCCAUUCCCUUCAUCAGACCACUAAGAGACUGGCUGUCUCGAAGAUUUGGAGAUUCCUCGGACAGUGACAAUGGUUUUUCCUCAACUAGUGGCACACCAGCUAAACCCACUGUGGAAAAAUUGAGUCGAACAAAAUUCCGCCACAGCCAGCAGCUGUUUCCUGAAGGUUCUCCUAGCGACCAGUGGGUAAAGCACAGGCAGCCUCUGCAGCAGAAGCCGCACAGUAACCAUACAGAAGCGUCGUCGUCGUCAGACCCUUCCAAAGCAAAGAAUCAAAAUAUGAGAGGGAAUGGCAGAAAGCAGUAUCAAGAUUCACCUAAUCAAAAGAAGAGAACAAACGGAGUUCACAGUCAACCAGCAAAGCAGCAGAAUCCCUUGAUGAAAUGUGAAAAGAAGCUGCAUCCACGAAAACUUCAGGACAACUUUGAGACAGAUGCCGUGUAUGACUUGCCUUGUUCUGGUGAAGACUCAUUGGCGGAACAUGUUGAGGGACACUCUGUGGCUUGUAACGGACAUUGCAAGUUCCCAUUUUCAUCCCGGACCUUCCUGAGUUUCAAGUUCGACCAGAAUGCUAUAAUGAAGAUCUUGGACCUUUGACAGCAGCAGGUGUAUUGCGGAAGUCCCGUGGUCAGAGACCUGUCGCUUUGAGUGGUGUCUCCUCAAGCCUUACCUUUCUCAGGUAUCUGAAAGAAGUGCAGGGAGGCAGUUUCUAAAGAGAUUUUCUGUACAGAAGAGAGACUAGAAAGAAACACAAAUUUGCACUGUAAAUCAGUUAGAACUUUUUCUAUGGAUCUACCAUCGCAGUGUUUGCAGCCAGGUUUUAGCCGCCUUUGUUUUUUGUCUUUUCCUUUUUGAGGGCAUUUAUUUUAUAUUCUGAUCAAGAAAAGAGCUGUUUUGAUUGAGUCAUGAACAAGUAGCCAAGUGAAUAGGAGUGUUUCAUCUCCACAUCUUAGUGAUUGCAUAAGUUUUCUUACUGAAAAUGUUAACAGAAACUUAAACCCCCAGUUAUUAAGGAGUGUUAAGAGCUGAAACAUGACGUCAGGAUUGCCGGCAUUUUGCUCAUUUCUCUGCUUCUAACCACCGAGAAGCUAAUCCUUCUAUUUGGAAUUUAUGAGUUUAUUUAGAACCAGCAUCUUCAAAACAAUACUCAUUUGCACAGUGAACUCUUGAGCAUUUCAUCAGGACAAAGUCCACAGCCUGGAGAGAGGAUGAAUUGGUGAGAGUUAAUGCUGUAAUUCCGAGCUGUGGUGUAUGCUGUCCCAGAACCUCUGAGUGCUGGAGCAGAACGGAAGCCAGUCGCUGACAGUUACUUUGGGUCAUGCUUGACCAUCCUGCCUCCAGGUGUUCAGUAUUGUGCAAUGAUUAUGCUCAUGUGAAAUAUCUAUACAUACUCUACUGUGAGUAUAUGUGGCAAACUACAUUCUUAGUUUUAUAUUGCAUCUCAGUGUUGAUCUGUGGAAGCUGAUAUCAUAUUAGAUUCUAGUUUGCUAUAAUAGCAGAGUGACGUGCUUUUUAUUAAUGUCUUGAAGCCCCUGGGUUAUAAAGUGAGAAAAGAAGGGGUUAUGCAAUUUACCCAGUACAAAUAAAUAAAGCCUGUUGCUGGGGGACCCUUUAAGUAAUGUAUUUAGCUCACACCUAGGAAUGUAUUUUGUACUUUGCUCCUUCAGGAUUCUUAAAUCCAAACAAGCAUGACAAUGCCCAUUUUGCAAAGGCUCACCUGUAACUGAGGACAAUCACCAGAGCUUUAAGGAGGCAAUAGCAUCUUGGCUGCAUCUGACCUCGCUGAGAAUAUUUCCUGGGGGUGGGAUGGGGUUGUUUGAGUGCAUGUGUGCACGUGCAUCUGUCAUGUGGGUUUUUUAAAGUUUUUUUUUUUUUUUUUUAAAGUGGUAUCCACAAAGUAUAUCUCUGCUUAUAAAUAUUACUAUAGAAAUCUUUAUUCUGUAUAUGUAGCCUAUUUAAUAGGGGUUCUCCUUAGCCCCGUGGGACUUUGAAAGGAAGGGCUAUUACUGUAAGGAAUUCACUUGGUAUUACUACAUUGCUUUAGCUUUUAGAUGGCUGGUUUUAAAGAAGAAAUUGUUUAUUAAUGAAACUGUCACUCUUUCGGUGCUAAGCAGGAGACUUCACAAUGAUACAGUGUGUCUAGAAUCUUUAAUGCCACUACUUUGUGAAUCCUUCUGUGACCUCUGCUGUUUAACCCAGUAUAUGAUUGUGUUUGGAAGCCCAUACUAUUCUUGUCAGAAAAUACGGCUGCUUUGGUUGGGUCUUCUUGAGCCAUAUUUAUAGUUGGUCCUAGCAUUCCAGAUUUCUGUUAAGUGGUUAAGGGAGUGAAAACUUAGUUUGCUCAGCAGACGAGUCAUUUUCACUCAUUUACUGUCAUCUGGAAACCAUUUAAGGUGUGUGUGUGUGUGUGUGUGUGUGUGUGUGUGUGUGUGUGUGUGUGUAAGAGAGAGAGAGAGAGAGAUUCUUUUUAAAUGAGUACUUUAGUCAGUCUCUCUGGUGCCUGUAGAGGUUGGAUUUUUCAUCUCUCAAUACUGAAGCAAAAGUGAUUAGUUACCAGAAGUAUGGCCUCUGAAGUGGUUGACUGUAUGUCAACCAGCAAUGCUGUGCUGCUUCCUUCAACGCACUGUGGAACAAAGCAAGGGUUUGGUUGGGAUACAAUUAUGAUGACUGUGGGCUUUCGCUCUCACAGCAGGCUGAAGUGAAAGCAUGCUGAAAGAAGAAUUAAGGUUUGUGUGUCUGAUGUGACUCAACUAUGCAGAAAAUGUUCAGUUGGUGUACCUUGUUAAUGUACAUCUGCUGUACUUCCUCCUCCACUGUUCAGGUUAUCAGAGAGCGUGUUUAGCACACGACUGGAUUUCUUCUCUGAGCUGUGUUAGCAUUUCUUUAUAGAAUCUGGCGAUGAGGAUGCUGACUCUGCAAUAAUGUACUUCUGCGUAGUGCUGCCUUUUACGAUGCUAGAUGGAACAGUAGAUGUGUCGGCCUUAUUAUGGUUUGUGUAUUUGAAGGGCGGGACUUUGAAAUCGCUUUUUAAACAUCCUUAGGACCCAACCGCAUGUGUUCCAAGGUGCAGUGCACUGUGAAUCUUUUUAAGUCUAACUUUGUAGGUGCUCUUAUGUGUAACUUCAGUGGUUUGAAGAAUGUUAAGUAACUUUGUCCUUAACCAUUUUACUCCAAGAGACAAAGAAUGCAGUUUACAUACUCCCUGUAAGUUUUUGUUAAGAAGUAGUGAAUGAAUGACUCUAGGAUUUCAAACAGUGAUUCCGUCCUGAGACAUGAGCAUUUGGAGGGGCCUAAAAAAACCUAAUAGACCUGGUAGCUUGGGUGGAAUUGUUGAAAGAUCUAACUAGGUUUUUGUACCAGUAUACAAAAAAUAGUCUCCCAGCACUGUCAGAGGAAUUGUGGACACUGCUUGCUGUUGUGACCUUUGAAUAUCAUUAUUUUUAUAUUAAAUACUAAUUAGUAAUUACAGAUAAUGGAGUUAUAUAGCAGAUUAAUAUUAUGCUGUAAGACUUGGCUGUAUUUUUCUUUUGGAGUUUUAGUAAUUUACAUUUAGUGUCAAUAAAAAAUUGCAAAUCUUAGAGAAUGGCUAUAUUCUAUAGGAAUCAAAUUCCUUUAUAGAAUACUGUUUCUAAAAAUGUCAAGGACUGGUGCCUGUGUGCAUUAAAAACAUUUCGUUACCAAAUCCCUCGCCCAGCAGUUCUGUUCCUCUGCCAUUAAAUAGUAAUAGAGGGAGGGAACCUGGAAAUGAUCGUUUGCUGGACAAGUUUUCUUCUGCAAUGCAUCUUGGCCUUUUCUCUACCUGUGCACCUCCUUUCCUGGAGAUUGUAAUGACAAGAGUUGUGUUCUCUCAGGCGGUAUUUUCUUUGUGUUAUCAAUUGUGGUUGUAUUCAUGAACACUUCUUCCUCCUGGUUUUGAGUUGGAUUAUUUUGUAGCCUGAGAGACGAAGUUCAGAUGUGUUGUGACUUGAAUUGACCAUGAGCAGAGGAAAGCACAAUUGUGUCCCAAGUUAUUAUCACCUUUAUGUAUGGGGCAUUACUCCUCACAGCUUGGUAAGGCUGGGCCAGAACGGCUCAUUCCUGGUGUCUUAAUGCUUUAGAACACAUUUGUGUAGCUUCCUAAAAGUCUAUAAAUGGGCUUACAGUAGUCCUUCUCCACAUCUUUUUCUCUCUAUAUAUAGAAUUGGGUUAUUCCUGAAGCCUGUGGUAGAAGGUAGUAGAUUGAGAUCAGCAAUCUGAGAUUUGUCAGAAGUAGAUUGUCAUUUCCAGUAGUUGCUCAGCAGAGCUCAAGGAAGAAACUCCUGAGCAUUACUAGCACUUGAGUGAUUACAUGAUGCUCCAGAUGAGAAAGUGGCCGGUACCCAGCCCAAGUAGAGUCGAAAUGUAAGUCCUUCCCAAGCAGUUUCUUCUCCUCAAUGAAGUGUUGUUUUCUAAGUAUGAUUGCUAAGCAAUCCACUGAUUCUGAUGUAAUUUUUCUCACUUUAAGGACUGGUGUUUUGAGUCCUUUCUGUGUUGAUUCUGCAGAGCUCUGGGCACUCUGGACUUCAUUUUUAAUUUUUUUUAUUACUUUAAUUUCUUUUUAAUGUGUAUGUAUGUGUACCACAUGUGUGCCUGGUGCCCAAGGAGGCCAGAAAAGGGUGUCAGAUCCCCCUGGAACUGGAGUUACAGUGUUGGAAAUAGAACUCAGAUCCUCUGCCAGAACAGCCAAUGCUCUUAACUACUCUGUUGUUGAUAACAAGCUAGCCCAGAGUGUAGCAGAGUCACAAGCAUGUGGGUGUGCUGCCAGCAGUUUCCCUAUGACAAGCAGCAGUUGUUACUGAAGUAUAUAGCUAGUGGAAAGUGAAGCCUCAGCCCACUCAUGCAUAGAACUAGAUGUGAAGGCAUUUCUGUUAACCUAGGGCUGACAGGGCUUUUGUUGGUUUGAAUUUCCCAUGUACUUCUUUGUACUUUGUGUUAAAGCUCCCAGGCUUUCUUUUGAGACCUGUUCACACUGGGAUAUCUAAUUUGAAGUCAGCAGUAGAACGAUCACAUGUAUCUUGAGUCUUAGUGUAGCAGAGGCAUGAGUUCUGUCUCUGCUCGCUGUCUGAAAGCAUGGUCUAAAAGGAAUUCACCUCAAGAUGCUAGUAAUUUGGGUGGUGUUGGUCAACGGUUCUUGGGAGAGAAAUUAGGGAAGUCCGUUUCAGGGUGUGGCUUGGUCUUAGGUUAUUCAGUGGGAGGUGAGGCCCCCAGUGUUUGCUGCAGGGUUGGGUAGUUUGGGUUGAUGUUUUGUUACUGGCUCCUUUGCUCAGUGCCAUUUUUUGAGCAUCCGUUUCGGUAAUCAGUCUUUUUCUGUGUGCUGUAUCUCUAAAUGAAUCUGGCUCCAUGAGAAUUUGCCAGAACUUUAACUCUUGAGCCUCAAGCAGCGAGAAGGGCUAUGCUCUCUCAAGUCGAUGUAUAUAGCUGUGAAAUGGGUGUGGGAGCAGAGAAAACACUUCAGUGUAGUUCUAGAAUGAAAUGGGCAACAUUUCCUAGUCCUCAGUUCUUAGGAUAUUGAGCUUUUCAAGUAGAAGGUCCAAAUACUUUGUACUUCCAGUGAUUUGAUCUCAAUGUCUAAAAACAAUAGCUCUAGACUGUUUGGGGACACAGCUGUACAUUUUUAAGCCAUUUCUCAAGCUUUAAGAAAUUAGCACAGAGGUUGCCAGCUGUGAGCUUUGGAGGGGUAGCAUCUGCUGGCUGUGGAGGGCUUGGUGAGUUGCAGUAAUGCACCUGGAGCAUGAACAGUGGCGUACUUGGACGUGUGGCAUGCACAAUACCUUGGAAAAGCAUGAGGUGGUCCUGCAGGAGUAUGCAUUUCGCUGCUGUCUGUGUAGCACAUUUUGCUUUGUGUUUGAGUGUCAGACAGGUAACUGUUAAAUGUCAGGUGCAAGUAUCCAAGGGAAUGAGCCUUUCAUUUCUGUUUGUUUCGUUCCAGUUAGGAGAGCAGACAGCUAACUUCCACUGUAUGAAUAAUAAUUUUUUUCAGUUUAACAAAUAGGGAAGAGUAGUAAAACCCUUAACUUGGCUUUAAUUCUUAAAAACUAUUUCUUAUUUGCUGAUUAGUUUUAAAUCUUAAAAUGUUUUAAAAUGAGUGCUGACUUAUUAGACCUAGGUAUGAUUUGGUUAAUCUGUUGGCUUCAAUGAAACCAUAGUGAAUCUUCAUGGAUGUUCAUGUAUUUAGCUAUUUUAAGUGAUACUCUUAGUUAAGAUAGUCCUAAAUCAGGCCAGACAUGGUGGUACACACCUGUAAUCAGGCAGGGGAAUCUCUCGAGUUUGAGGCCACAGUUCCAGAAAGGCCAGGGCUACAUAGAGAAACCCUUUCUCAGAAGUAAAUAAAUGAAUAAAUGAAUGAAUGAACAGUCUUAAAUCUUACAAAAAUGAAGCGUCCAGUUUAGUUUGGGUGCAGGAGUGGGUUAAAGUUGUUUAGUUUUAAGCACUGUGUCUUUGAGAAGUGGUUUACACUAUGCUGUGAAAACCUGAUGUUCCUGGUCGUCUUGAGACAGUCUGCUUGUCUGUAAGUCUGUCUGGGAAAGGUAAAGGAUAUGCUGAGUCGUGGAAGCUGCCAAAGCUGGUACACAAACGCUGGUGAAAUUACUUCCUUAAGGAUAUAAUGUUCAAUGAAAAAACCUGGGCUUUAGAAUAAAUAGAUUUGUAACCUUUGUUUCUUCAUUAA